AUGGACCUCGCGCUCACAAUCCUCGAUGGUCUUCGCCAGAUCUAUGGGUUGCGCGAUGCUAUUCGCCGCCAGCGCCACGAGAACCGGAAGACUUAUCUGCGGAUGAUGGAGAUCUACGUCGAACUUCAACUGUCGGCACCUCUUCAAGAGAACCCCACCAUACAACGCACCAAUGCUAUCGAGAAAUUCGCGUCUGCUGUGGACUCGUUCUCGAAGUAUCUGCGAAAGUACCAUGACAUGCAUCGAGUUAAGCAGUGGGCAAUGUUUGCACUGCGAUGUCUGGCUUACGACAACGACACAAACCGUGAGGCUAUAGUAGAAGAAGGUGCGAUCGAAGCACUGGCUGAGCUGAUGGAGAAAGGGACAGAGGAACAAAAGGAACAAGCGACUCAUGCACUCAAACAUCUCGUCUCGAAGAAAGACGUGGCUGCCAACUCCGACAGAUUCACGAGUCCAUUGAUGGGGUAUUUACGCGCGCGGAUCAAUUCUGAGAACGCGAAUGUGGCUGCGGCUCUCAACACACUGGAAACUGUGCGCGAAGGGGUCGUUCCGUUUUUCCACCGAUUUAUGAAGGCGACUGACCCUCAGCCUCAGCCUGUGUCGAUACACCAAAACGAUCAAGAGCCUGAUCUUGCUAAUACGAAAGUAGAGAGCAGCACACACACGCCUAACGCUUGGUAA